CGGACUUGUCAAGACAGCAGGCUGUUUAAUUCUUAUCAUCGCAGAAUACCUUUCUAUCUAUCUAUCUAUAUAUAUAGCCGAAAGGAUAUUUGUCUGCAGUCGAACGGCAAUCCCCGGACCCCAGACAGCAACGGGACUCGCAAUGGACCGCGACGGCGACUCGGAGAUGGUCUCUUCUUCCUCUCCCUCCUCCACCACAUCCAACAACCAACCCACCAUCCCACAAACACCCAGAAACACACACAGCGCCGCAGCAACGUAUGCUCCAGCCAGCCUCUCCCCACCCGCCUCCCAAUCUAAACUACCACCCAUAGCCGGAAUGAGCUCAACAGAAGAUGUUCUCGCCACCCCCAGCGCCGGCGCGAGCGGAGCUGCGUCCACCCAAGCUCCGGGGAUGUCAUCAUCAACAAUGUCCGCAGCCGCAGCAACGGGGCCAACGACGACGGCGACCACAACGUCCACAACAUCGACCCCUGCCGAGGAGGAGCUAAUCCGCAACGGCCCACCAGGAGCGUUAUGGAACACCCAGCAAGCGCAAGAGGACUAUCGACGGGAGUGGGAGAAUGUGCUCGAUAAAGAUUUCAAUCUAGAUGCAUUUGGAGACCCGUUUGAUGAACGAGACAUGGAGAUGAAGUCAUGACCCUAAACCGAAACUCUAAUAAUAAUCCUUUUGUUCUCCUUUUUUUACGCGACUUUUGAGGCUCAAAAAUGGCGUCCUCGGCGCAGGAAGUUUUACGUGGCUUAGGCAGCACUCGGAUCGUUUGACAGUUUAUACACACAUAGCAUACGGAGUACUGUCGUGCUUGUCAUUUACCCAAAAAAAAAGAAA